UUUACUUCCUGUUGUGGCUUCAAUAUAAAAGACGAGAUACAGAGAAGGAAAGUCAAACAGCAUCGCCCAGUCUUGCAACUCACAUUCUCCCUCAGCGAUAAAGUCAUGCAGUCGAUCGUUGCUUACCUUUUGGUUACGGUUGUGGCUUCUCAAGCCAGAUGGAUUAACCCAGGAUAUGGAAUGGGUGGAUUCACUGGAUAUUAUCCAGUUGCUCCGGCCGCCCCAGUUGCUUACCACGGAGUUCCAGCUGCAGUUCCAGCAGUCGUUCCCGCAUACGGUUACCCCAGCUUCACUUCCACCCAGUAUCACGCUCAGGACGAGUUGGGUCAAGCCAGAUUCGGUUAUGCCCACCCUGGACAGGCCGCCUCCAACUAUCGCGAUGGUUUGGGCAACCAGAUCGGCAGCUACGCUUACUUCAAUCCCGAAGGUAAAGAGGUCCGCGUUUCCUACACCGCCGAUCACCGAGGCUUCCGUGUCCUUUCCAACGACUUGCCAGUGGCUCCCGUUGCCAACCUGGUAGCACCGGUUCAAGUUCCAGAAACCAUCGAAGUGGCUCAGGCUAAAGCCGCUCACUUGGCCGCUCACGCCGAGGCUAAAGCCGCUCACGCUGCCGCCAAAGCCGCCCUUCCAGUUACACCUGUUGCACCUGCUGCACCCACCACGACCGCCUAGAUGUUAGAAAAAGACUCAAAAAAUUUGCAAUUAGUUUCUUCCUCCUUGUACAAUAAGCUCAUCAUAAUCCAUUUUUUCUCGCUACAAAAAAGUCGAAUGAAUAAACAAAAUGUUUUUCCAUUAA